UUUUUAUAUCAUGUCGUCUGCCAUGCCCCUCCGUCCCAACAUCCACCGCUGUGUCACAUGAUCCUUCCCGUCCGCCAUUUUGUUGUUGGGUAUUUACUUCCGCACAGAGAAGGAGGAGCUGCAGGUACAAAGAUGUCCGAAUCCUACGAUUUCCUGUUCAAGUUCCUGGUUAUUGGUGCAGCAGGUACAGGGAAGUCCUGUAUUCUGCACCAGUUCAUUGAGAGCAAAUUCAAGCAGGAUUCCAGCCACACCAUUGGAGUCGAGUUUGGUUCCAAGGUGGUGAACGUUGGUGGGAAGUCUGUCAAGCUGCAGAUUUGGGACACUGCAGGCCAGGAGAGAUUCAGGUCCGUGACCAGAAGCUACUACAGGGGAGCUGCUGGGGCCCUGCUGGUGUAUGACAUCACAAGCCGAGAGACGUACAACCAGCUGACCAACUGGUUGACAGAUGCCAGAACGCUGGCCAGCCCCAACAUUGUCAUCAUCCUGUGUGGGAACAAGAAGGACCUGGACGCAGACAGAGAAGUGACAUUCCUGGAGGCCAGCAGAUUUGCACAGGAGAACGAGAUCAUGUUCCUGGAGACCAGUGCCCUGACAGGAGAGAACGUGGAGGAGGCUUUCCUCAAGUGUUCCCGGUCCAUUCUCACCAAGAUUGAAUCAGGUGAGCUGGAUCCUGAUAGAAUGGGGUCUGGAAUCCAAUAUGGCGACGCCUCGCUGCGUAGGAUCACCAGACAACCGCAGCAGCAGAGAAACCCGCACUGCACCUGUGGGUAAAGGUGUACCUCCCCGUCUGGGUAGGAGAACCUCCUACUGUCUGCAGAUAUAACAUGCCACAAAUAAGUAAGGAUGGUUGGAGCAGGAACUUGUGUAUGAAGAACAAUAUACUGCUUGUGCAUUGUAGGAUACUAAUGUUGUAAUGUUAGCACAGAGUAAUGUACCUAUUGUAUGUUGUAUUACAGAGAUACUUGUAUGCUGGACAUGAUUAAGACUUCAAUAUGGACACUAUAUAGAUGUGAUUGAAUGUAACUUAUUGGAUAGACCUUUUGUAGUUGUUAUUUCUCUGAACUUGGAGUAUAUAAAAGUCUGCUUGUGACUUUUAAAAAAGAUGUUCAGGUCCAUAUGAAAGUAUUUGGAUCAGUUUCCCCAAGUGAUGUACCCCAUAUGUACAUAGCCCGGCCACAACUUAAAUCAUUGUGAAUAAACAUCAGUCCUUGAUGAAGAUAUUCCAAACCCUGGCACUUUUUCCUGAGAAUUAAAUCUUCUGAUAGAAAGCAUUACCUGUAAAAAUGAUGAUACUCACACCUGCGUCCAUUGUUUAGUAAAACAAAAAAUAUGUUACACUUGUUCCUUCCUCUUCCAGUUGUAAUAAAGAUGUCUGAUAUUCGGUACCAUGAACAAAACAUAACAUAUAGGAAAGGCUGGACUUUCCAACAGUGGAAGAUUGAUAUUGGAUACACUAUCACAUAUUACAUUCUUGCAACUGGAGAUGUACAUGCAAAGUUACACUCAUCAGAUAUUGUGUAGGUGUAACACUAUGUUGUUGAUGUCCAAGUGUAUGUUUAUAGAUUCUGGAUAUAAA